CACAGGCGAAAUUAAAGAAAGAGUAGCCAUGGUUUCAGCAUCUGCCCAUUUCCGCAGCGGAGAACAGAAUCACACUGACACACAACAAAUUGGGCCCCACCAACCAUCUGUCCCUUCCCUUGUAUAAAUACCGCAUAUGCCCCUUCUCCUCCAUUUCUUCUUCUAAUCCUCUUCCACUCUCUGCAAAUCGGAACUCCAUCAAUGGCUGCCAUUGCCAAAUCCCCUGCCUUCAUCUUCCUCUUCCUCCUAUUGGCCUUCCAUCUCCACGCCUCCCCUAUCAACACCAUCGUCGUCCUCGUCAUGGAGAAUCGCUCCUUCGACCACAUGCUCGGCUGGAUGAAGCGAAUCAAUCCCGAGAUCAAUGGCGUCGAUGGCUCCGAAUUCAACCUCCAGUCGGCUGCGGAUCCCAACUCCAACCGCUUCUUCUUCCAGGACCAGUCUCACUAUGUUGAUCCCGAUCCUGGCCACUCCUUUCAAGCCAUUCGGGAGCAGAUUUUCGGCUCCGAUAAUACCUCCGCCAAUCCCCCGCCCAUGAACGGCUUCGCUCAGCAGGCCUUCUCCAUGGACAACACCUCCGCCAUGUCCCGGGAUGUUAUGAACGGAUUCCACCCCGAUAAGGUCGCUGUGUACAAGACUCUCGUCUCCGAAUUUGCGGUUUUCGAUAGGUGGUUCGCGGCGGUGCCGUCAUCGACGCAGCCGAAUCGGCUCUUCGUUCACUCGGCGACCUCCGGCGGUGCUACCAGCAACAUUCCGGCGCUCCUCGCCAAAGGCUAUCCGCAGCGAACAAUCUUCGAGAAUCUGGACGAUGCCGGAAUGUCGUUCGGAAUAUACUACCAGAACAUUCCGGCGACGCUGUUCUACCGGAAUCUACGGAAGCUGAAGUACGUGAACAAGUUCCACCAGUACGAUUUGAACUUCAAGCGGGACGCGAGGAAGGGGAAGCUGCCGAGGUACGUGGUGGUGGAGCAGCGGUACCUGGAUUUGGCGCUGGAGCCGGCGAACGACGAUCAUCCGUCGCACGAUGUGUAUCAGGGACAGAUGUUCGUGAAGGAGGUGUACGAGACGCUGAGAUCGUCUCCGCAGUGGAACGAGACUCUGUUCGUCAUCACCUACGACGAGCACGGCGGAUUCUUCGAUCACGUGCCGACGCCGGUCACCGGAGUUCCUAGCCCCGACGGCAUCGUCGGGCCGGAGCCGUUCCUGUUCCGAUUUGAUCGGCUUGGGGUCCGAGUCCCGACAAUAAUGGUCUCGCCUUGGAUAGAGAAGGGCACUGUUGUUCAUGGCCCUAAAGGACCAUUUCCAACAUCAGAGUAUGAACACUCCUCCAUUCCAGCCACUGUCAAGAAGCUCUUCAACCUCCCAUCUCCCUUCCUCACCAAGAGGGACGAGUGGGCCGGAUCCUUCGAAUCCAUCGUCCAAACCCGCACCGAACCGAGAACCGACUGUCCCGAACUGCUCCCAACGCCGGUGAAGAUCAGGAACAGCCCGGCGAACGAGAACGCAAAGCUGACCGAGUUUCAGCAGGAGCUGAUGCAGCUGGCUGCAGUGAUGAAUGGAGAUAGUACCCUGACUAGCUACCCUGAAGCCAUUGGAAAGGAAAUGAGUGUGAAGGAAGGUAGGGAGUAUAUGAAGGAGGCCGUGAGGAGAUUCUUUGAGGCAGGGCGGUUGGCUAAGAGAAUGGGAGUGAGUGAAGACCAAAUUGUCCAAAUGAGACCAUCUCUUUCUUCAAGAUCAUCAAAACCUCCCAUCAAACACCACCCAUAAAAGAUAUUAUGACACACACACAGAAUUUAGAUUGCAUCUUCAGUUGCAUAUGAAAAUAAAAAGGAGAAGAAGAAAACGAUCGAAGACGUGCAAAGUCGAUCAUGUGACGUUUUACGGGGUGUUUGGCUCAUGGUAUAGAUUUGUGUAGACUAGAAUAAUUUAGAAGUCGAGUUUAUGUUUGGUCUGUUGUUUAAUACAAAGAAAAAGAAAAUACGGAGUUGGAUAAUUUCAAGUGUUAGAUAUAUAAGUGAGGUUGUCUAACUACAUAUUACCUUUUACAAAUUAGGUUAAUAAAUUACACAUUUUUAUGCUAA